AUGUCGACUUUCAUCCCCAGACUUGUUUCUUCUGAGUUGCUUUCCAAUUUCACGGCACUCAUCAACUCAGUUCCAGGCCUUCGCUCUGAUAACACUCGUGACUUGCCGAACUCGUACAAUUGGGCAUCAGAUUUCCCAGGUCGUUCUGCCUUGAAAUUUGCUCAAGGAGCAUUGGAUCUCAAGAAGUCCAACCUGUCGCAUAGCGACACAGUCUACAGGUCUAGGGGCAGUACGAUUUCCUGCUCUGUUCUAAACAUCCUCAAUUAUAUGAGGCAUCACGGGAAAGGAGGUGAUUAUGUUGCAAACGGACGAAAUAAGGUCAUAGCGUUGGCAAUUGGACCAGGGGUGAUAUUGGAGAUGGCGGUUCUGCACAAAGCCUCCACAGCGGACCUGCGAUAUGCGGCACAUUGCUGGGAGUGGUGA